AUGGCAUCAGUUUCAUCUGUUUCAGCUUAUUUAUCGUUACUGAAGGAUCCUGAUCAGUCAAUCCAGCUAUAUGCUUUAAAAUCUUUAAAUGAUAUUGCCGAUAGCACCUGGUCAGAGAUAUCUAAUAAUAUUUCAGAAUUAGAAGAGAUCUAUGAUGACGAGCACUUCCCAGAAAGAAAGUUGGUUGCUUUACUUGCUUCUAAGAUUUACUAUAAUUUAGGGGAAUAUGAAUCUGCUGUUAAAUAUGCAUUGGCUGCUGACGAGUAUUUUAAUUUCAAUGAAAGUAGUCAGUAUGUUGAAACCGUUGUUUCUCAAAGCAUCCAAAUGUAUAUUUCUUUAUCUACUUUUAACUAUGAACACCAAGAUGGUCCAAAAAAAAUAGACUCCAAGUUGAGUAAUAUUUUCGAAAAAAUGAUUGAAAACUGUAUCAAAAUAUCUGAAUUCAAAUUAGCAUUGGGUAUCGCUUUAGAUGCUUUUAGACUAGAUAUUGUUGAGAAAAUUUUAGAAUCAAGAAAAACUGAAGAUAAUGAAGCUAAUUGCUUGAAAUUAAUCAAUUAUGUCUUAUCAUGUGCAAUUACCACUGUUUCUUCAACACCAUUCAAAGAUAUGGUUUUAAAAAGCCUAUUCUCCACCUUAAUCUCUUUCAAGGCACCAGAUUACUUUACUUUAUCGAAAAUUGCAGUUCAUUUAAACGAUCAUCAAUUGGCGUUUUCCUUUUUCGAGAGAAUCAAUAGUGAUGGCAAUUCGACAUUAUCGUAUCAGAUUGCAUUUGAUUUAGUUUCUUCUGCCUCUCAAAGGUUUUUGGAAGGUUUGGUUGCUACUUUGAAUAAAUUUGAGUAUGAUCCAAAAUUAUUGGAGAUAUUUUCAGGACUACCGACCGCAGACUAUAAUAAUACGUUUUUAUUUAAUAACAAGAAUAUCGAUGUUAUGUUGUUAGAUAAAGCUAAAAACUCCAUGGAUGGUAAGUACUCCUUAUUUCACAACGCUGUUAGUAUUUCCAAUGCAUUUAUGCAUGCUGGUACUACUGAUGAUUCUUUUGUCAGAUCUAAUUUAACUUGGCUAGGGAAAGCCAAGAAUUGGGCAAAGUUUAAUGCGACUGCAUCGAUUGGUACCAUUCACAAGGGCAACUUUGUUAUGGGCCAAAAGAUUAUGGCGCCAUAUUUACCAUCUAGUCGUAAUCCGUCCCGUUACAUAAAGGGGGGUUCUUUAUAUGGGUUAGGUUUGAUUUAUGCUGGUUUUGGCAAGGAUAUCAUAGACUACUUGAAAGAACAAUUAACCGCCAACAGUGCCAAUGCAGGUGAUGAGGGCGUGGAUGUUUUAUUACACGGUGCCUCUUUGGGGAUCGGUUUGGCUUCCAUGGGGACUGGCAAUGCGGAACUUUAUGACUCUUUAAAAGAAGUUUUAUAUUCUGAUAGUGCCACUUCUGGCGAAGCAGCUGCGUUGGGCAUGGGUUUAGUUAUGCUUGGUUCUGGCAAUGAACAAGCAGCUGGUGAUAUGUAUGUUUAUGCUCACGAAACCCAGCAUGGUAACAUAACUCGUGGGUUAUCCAUUGGAAUUGCUUUGAUUAAUUAUGAGAGACAAGAGUUGGCCAACUCUUUGAUUCAUAAGAUGUGUGAGGACGAAAACCCGUUAUUGCGUUAUGGCGGUGCUUUUACUAUUGCUAUGGCGUAUGCUGGUUCUGCCGAUAACGGCGCUGUAAGAAAAUUAUUGCACAUUGCAGUUUCUGACUCUGAUGAUGAUGUUAGGAGAGCUGCCGUCACAUCUUUAGGUUUUGUUAUGAUUAGGGAUUAUACCACUGUUCCAAGGAUCGUGGAACUACUAGCCAAGUCGCAUAAUGCGCAUGUGCGUUGUGGUACUGCUUUUGCUUUGGGUAUUUCAUGUGCUGGCAGAGGGUUGCAAUCUGCCGUCGAUAUUUUAAUGCCAUUAAUGAAGGAUCCAGUGGAUUUUGUACGUCAAGGCGCUAUGAUUGCUUUAUCCAUGGUUUUGAUUCAACAGACUGAAAAGACUAAUCCAGUUGUCAAGGAGGUGAACGAACAUUUACUGAAUGUUGUAACUAACAAACAUCAAGAAGGGUUGGCCAAGUUUGGUGCUUGUGUUGCUCAAGGUAUUAUGAAUGCAGGUGGCCGUAACGUCACUAUUCAAUUGGAAAACACUGAAAUGGAAACAUUGAACACUCAAGGCAUUGUUGGGUUGAUGGUGUUUUCCCAGUUUUGGCAUUGGUAUCCAUUGGCACACUUUUUAUCAUUAUCUUUCACACCAACCGGUAUUAUUGGUGUUCGUGGGGGUGAUUUAAGCAUACCAAAAUUUAAAUUUAAUUGUCAUACAAAGGAAGAUGUUUUUGAUUAUCCACCAAUGUAUGAAGAGGCUGUGGAUAAAGUAAAAGAAAAAGUUACCACUGCUGUAUUAUCAACAACGGCAAAGGCUAAGGCUAGAGCUAACAAAAAAAAUGCUAGGAAGGAUACUGAUACUAUAGAAUCGAAGACUACGAAGAAAGAAGGUGCUGAACCAGAUAAACAGCAAUAUGAAAAUGUUGAGAAGACUGACGACCAAAUUAAAAUAAAAUACACAUCUUCAUCAUAUAAGAUUGAAAAUGCCACUCGUGUUUUACCUCAGCAAUUGAGGUACAUUACGUUUUCUAAAGAUGAGCGUUUUGUUCCCGUUCGUAAAUAUAAAGGAUACAACGGUAUAAUAGUUUUGGUAGAUAAAGAGCCUUUUGAACCAGUAGAGUUGAUUGAGACUGUUAGACAACUAGGGAAUGUGGACGCACCACUUCCAACCCCAUUCAAGUUGGAAGAGGAUUUGAAAUUCGAAGAAUUGUCGUGA